AUGCUAAGAACGUGGAUACAACGGAGGAGCAUUGUAAUGGUAAAGGGGACUCGUGUCCAGGGAGCCGUUAGGGACCCCUCCGAGUUUCUCCGCUUGAAGGGUAGAGAAUACGGAGUUACAGACGGAAACAUUGGUCAUUUGAAGCAAUAUCUACAGACAACACAAACGGGCAAAUACAGCAUUCCCGAUAACGAAUUACUACUACAAAUUCUCACGCAUAAGUCCUUUGCUCAUGGGCUGAAACCAUACAAUGAAAAGCUUUCCGUGAUUGGAUUUCAAUUGCUAAAGUUGCAAAGUUCAGUGCAUGUAAUUUCAAAACCUUCAGACUCCCCAUAUGCAUUGAACGGAAAGAACUUUGACUGCCUUGGCUCCUUGCUCACUAAAUCAAUCGGUAACCACAAGUCUUUGGCUCGCUUUGCCAAGGAGAAACAAUUUGAUCAGCUAGUUUUCUGGAAGAAACGUGAUCCUACAUUAGAAGACCCAGCUACCAGUGGAGAAGACACGGUGUUGGGAAAGACAGUUCUUGCUCUGAUCGGAGCUAUCAAUUUAACACAUGGGAAAAAAGUGGCUACAGAGUUCAUCGAGACUGAACUGAUGCCGUUGUUGGUAGAGGAUGUCACGAGGUGA